UGCUCGCUGGAAGGAAGAUGCACGGAUGCUUGGGAGAGGUACCUAGGUAGAAGAAGGCGCUGUAUCUGGGGUGGUUUGACACCGUUACUCCUGCUGGAGACUCUUUUUCCGCUACGUGUGUACGUGUAUGCGACUUUUUGCGAUGCUGCGCCUCUUCUUCGUGUGCUGUGGAUUUGUGGGGUUGGUUAUGGCACAAAUUGGUUGUAGGAUGGGAUCUCCGCAGCUGAGUCUGCCUUCGUGCAUGGAUCAAUGUUUCCUCACUGGAGGAUGCGGAUCGGGAUGUCCUUGCCCACAGAACCUGAAAGGCUGGUGCGAGAUGAGUGAAGACGGUCCAGAUAGCUGGUUCAGUCGGUGGGGAACAUGUGUGCUUAAGGAUUGUUCAGAUGAUGGGGACCUUACCAAUUUGAUGAUGCUCUUCGUAGCGCAGUGCGAUGGCACUGUCGGUGGGCCAUUGACCAACAACACUGUACCAUAUCCACUACGGGAUUGGGUGCCGAUGACCACAGCGACGACUUCUACCGCAGCGGGAUCGAGUGCGACUUCAUCAAUCGCUACUGUGACUGAAGCCACAUUGGGUUCUACAUCAGUCACUGUAAGCGACAGUAAAGCAACUGCCCUAGACGAGGACAUUGCGUCUUCCUCACGCGCAACUAGCACUUCGUCUCCAGCAUCUACAACUCAGGGCGACCCGAAGCCAGUUAUGAACGUAGCAGCGAUUAUCGGGGUUGCAGUCGGCGGCACGGUGCUCCUGAUUCUGUCAAUCGGUCUCGUCGCUUUCCUCCUGCGCCGCCGUAGACGUGGAGAGCCAUCACCGUCUGAUGCGCCGCCUUACUAUAACGCUACUGAUAGCCAAGAGAAAGCCCACGAUAAGCCCGAGCUUGACGGGCAGGCAAUGGCGCAUGAGCAACCCAAAAUUGGUGCAGGCGAGUCUGUGGUCACACCCGUCCAUGUGCCUGUGGAGUAUGCUGAGUUGGAUAGCGGCAACCCUGUCAGACCUGUCAGUGAGCUUGCCAGUCGGGGUUGAAGAUGGGCACAUGGCAAAAAGACAGAGUCAAUCGCUGGUCACCUAUGGCGAAAGGAUCCUCCGUCUGGGGCAUUGUACAGCUUGGCAACGGGUAUAGUGGCUUGUGUAUAUUACCUGUGUGACUUUGAAUCAUCUCG